AUGGAUAAGGACGGGGAGAAGAAGGGCGGCGGCGAGAAGAAGGGUGGCGGCGGGCAGGGCGGAACCGGUCUGGGAGGCGCAGCCGGUGUUAACGAUCCGGCCGCGCUGCUAGAUGCCGCCUCACUAUUCGCAUACUGGGGACGAGAUCCGUCAGCCAUGGCGGCAGCGGCCUCAAACCCACUGUUCGGCUCCCAGUUCGGUAUGCCCGGGGGUCUCGGUGGGCUGAUGCCGAACGCCGGUUCCGGUUCCGGCAGUGGCAACGAUCGAUUCUCCAUGUCCCACCACAACCAGAACACGAUGGCCGUGGCUGCGUCUCAGGCCGCCUCAUUGGCCGGUUUGCACAAUAGUUGGUGGUCGAUGGCACAGCUGGCAGCACAGGAUUACUUCGCCCGGCUGCAAGCUUCCGGCAUGUCGCAGCUUCCCUUCUCGCAUGAUCUGGCCGGUGCCUUCCCGAGUGGAUUGGGACUGGGCGCAAUGAGUGCGGCUGCCGCUGCCGCCAUUGCCGGGUCCGGUGGUAACACAUCGGCUGGCGGGGCGGGUGGCGGAGUUGGCGGAGGAGGCACCGGUGGUAGUGGUUCCGGAGGAGGCUCGGGCAAGGGUGGUUCGGGCGGUGGCAAGGGCAAAAAGCGUGACCGAAGUAGUAACAGCAACAGCAGCAACGCCAGCUCCGGUGGAGGAGCGGGUGGUUCGGUUGGCGGUAUGGCGGGUGGUUUAGGUGCCGGCGGCAUGGGUGGCGGUAUGGGAGGCAGUAACAAUUCUUCCUACAAGAACUCUCCAUCCCCAUCCGCAUCGCAGGCUGCCGCUGCCGCUGCUUACAAACAGUCGCUUUACAGUCAAGCGACCCUGCACAAGGAGCUGAUGGCCAUUACGGCGGCUGCGGCCGCGGCCCAAAAUCAACAGCAUUCCGGUGGUGGAGGAGGCGGAGGGGGAGGCUCCAGCAGUCAGCAGUCCCAGCAGCAACAGCAGCAGCAGCAGCAACUGCAGCAACAGCAACUACAGCAACAUCAGCAGCAUCAGCUCGCCAGUCUCGGUAUGCUGGCCGGGCUCGGUACGGGCAGCGGUGGUAGCUCAAGCUCCAAGCAAAAAUCGUCCUCCAACAGUGGAUCGUCCGGCGGUGGCGGUUCGUCCUCGUUAGCAUCCUCGUCGCCGCACGGUGCGAGCCGGUUGAUUGGGAACGAUUCGAUAUCGAUCACGCGCGGUUCCAGUUCGCCGUCGAUGAGCUCCAGCAAACAGCAGCCAACGCCCAGCGUUACCAUCAGUGCCAGCCACGGGAAUCCCGGUGCCUCGUCGUCCUCGUCGUCCUCCGCCUCGCAGCAGAACCACCUACAGAACCUGUCGUCCUCGUCGUCCCGCUCGUCGAAGGACGUUGGUGGGAAGGGUGGCAGUAGCAACGCGAACAGCAGCGGUGGACCGAGUGCGGCCGAUUUGGGUCUGAGCGCGUCCAUGAACGCCCUGAGCACACUGUCGCAGUUUAACAAUCUCGACCUGACGACGCAGCAGAACAUGACGGCAACGAUGAAUGCACUGGCAGCGAGCCAGGCCAAAGCGAAGGACUAUAUCUCCUCCGGGAUACUGAAUGAUCCUUCCUCGUUGCUUGGCGUACGACUGCCACCGGACACGGAGAUCAUCAAGUACACCUCAUCCAUCGUGGGGCCCAAGGUACCGGGCACGACCGGCCGUGGACGUAAGAAAACCAUUUCGUUAGAAGACAAUUCCAUUUUUGCUCAAAUGCAUGGUUUAAGUGCAGCCAAGCGCCAGCGACUGGAACCGAACGAGUAUGGCGGCGGCAACAGCGGCAGCGGUGGUGGCAGUGGUGGUUCGCAUCUCGGGACGAGCGGUACGUGCGGUGGAUCCGGGCUGCUUCCCCCUGGCCUUUCACACCAUCACCAUCAGCACGGGAGCAAUGGGGGCAUCGGCGGGCUAGGGCCAGCAGCAACUGGCACCGGUGGUGGAUCGAACGAUCGGAUCGAGGUCAUCAAACUGCCACCGACGAUCACAUCGAACGGAGUGUACAGUGCCGGUAAGGGCGCGGGUAAAGAUACCAUGGCCGAUCAUAUGAACGAAUGGUCCGGACUUAAUCUCAGUGCGAAAGGAUCGGGCGGAUCAUCCUCGGCAGCAGCCACAAUUGUGUCCUCGUUGACGGUAGCAGCUGGGAUGAAUAGCAGCGGUAGCAACAAUCAAUCUUCUGGAAUGCUGGAACAGGACGACGCACCGCUGAACCUUUCAAUGAAACCGUCAAAGUCGUGCAACGAAGGUAUGCGGAGCGAUUCCACUCAUUCUGCAUCGUCAUCAUCACCCGCAAUGUCCGGUGCCAGUGGGAAUAGUUUGCAAAGCUUAAGCACAAUCACGGCGGCACUCGGUGGAGGAUCCGGUAAUGCGAACGAUUCUGCCCGAUCACGUCGGAAGUCGGAUAAUAAAAACCGGCGUAAUGCGGCGGCUGCAGCUGCGGCAGCGGCGGCCGCUGCUGCUGCCGCACUCGGUGCCGGUUCCCUCGGCCUGGACGGGAGCGUCAACAUGAGCCUGGCGUCGGCUGCGGCCGCGUACGCGGCAGCAUCGCCAGUCUCGACCAGUACGGGCUUUUGCACCGGUACGAACAGCACCAGCACGCUAAACUCCCUGCUGAUGGCAUCGGUUGGGACCGGUUCCGGUACCAAUACCAUCACCACCACCUCGAACACCACUACCAGCGGCGGCAGCAGCAGUAGCGGCGGCGGCGGCAACAGCAGCGGCAUCGUCGGCGGUGCUUCGUCUACGGCCACGGCUGCUGCUGCCAAUGCCGCCGCCAACCAUCAGCUGAUGGCGGCCCAGCUCGGCUUCAACAGUUCGCUGUCCGAGCUUUUGAAAAUCUCCAAUUACGAGGAGUACGAUUACGCAUCGCUCGGCGGAUCUCAAUUUAAGGAAGGUCGUCCACGCAAUCUGGGCCGAGGAGUGUCGAAGCCGAAGAAGAAUACCGUUGCCUCGCUGUUGGCGCAAAGUCGUGCAGUCGGAUCUAAACCACUGACAGCACAGCAGCUUUUAACGCAGGACGCAGAGAUUGAAAAACUACGACAAGCCAUGCUGGAAGCGAGCCGGAACCAAUCAAUGGACAACAGUACCUCGAACACCAACACCGACACCGAAAGUAUCUCCGAAAGCGGUAUGUCCGAAUCGGAGGGCGAGGAGCACAUUAAUUUGAAGGAGUUGCGCGUACCGUUGGAGAAGGGUUGGAGGCGGGAAACGAUGAUCCGUGGGCUUACCAAAAACGGGCACAUUAAGGGAGACGUGUAUUACUACCCACCGCAGAGCGUGAACAAGAUGAAGGGCAUGAAUCAAAUUCAGCUGUAUUUAGAUCAAUUUAAGCCCAAGGAUCUGAGUCGUGAUAACUUUAGCUUCUCGGCAAAGGCCGUCGUUGGCACGUUCCUUCAACUUGCUCCCCCACCAUAUGCAACCGACGGCGAGUUCAUCAAGAUGACCGAUGUUGAGGUUAGUCGGCGGCUGGAGGAACUGAAAAUGUUCACCCGGCAUGCCGGUCUAGGCGUGGAGCAACGGAUCGAAAUCGCUAAGCAGCAGCAGGCACUACGGGACGCUAAGAAGCUAGCGAAGGAAGAAAUGAACAAGAACAAGGAAAAGGCUCGACAAGCAAAGGAAGCAGAACGCAACGAACGUUUGGAGCAGCAGCGCAAAGAGCGAGAACUGAAAAAUCAACAGGCAUUGGAGGCGAAGAAGAAGCGUGAGGAGGAACUCGCCCGACAAAAGGCCGAAGAAGCGGCACGAAAGGCACAGGAAAAAGAACAGAAACGACAGCAGGCAUUACUGCAAAAGGAACAGGAACUAGCCAAGCAGAAGGAGUUGAUGUAUGCAAUGGAAAUGGAACGUGAAAGACGAAGGCAACACAUGGCUCUGAUAAAACAACUGGAACUGCGUCGCAAAUUUGAAGAGAAGGAAAAGAAGAAACACCAGGUCAUAUUGGAUAAGCUCAUCCAGCGCGAAAAGAAAUUGGUGAUGAGAAAGCGGGACACAAACAUUCUAGCCGAACUGAGAAAACCUCAGGAGGAUUCGGAGAUAGUGGAUCAAACGGUGUUACCUGCCUUUUCACGAAUUCCUGGACUGAAGCUGACUGGCACUGGGUAUGCCGAUCUGCUGAUGGUGUUCGAGUUUCUGCAUAACUUUGGGGAAACGCUUGGUUUCGAUAUGGAAUCACUGCCGAACUUGCAAUCGUUGCAUCUCGCACUUACAUCGGAGAAUGCGAUCGAUGCGGAAGAGGAACUGCUGUCCGUUAUGACACAUCUGCUCGUGUGUGCGAUUGAGGAUCCGGGCAUCCCCAAUCCGGGACGUCAUACGACACUGCUUGGACAAACACUACGCCAGGCAGAUAUCACGCACACGAACGUGUCGGAAAUUUUGCGCAUCUAUCUGUACGCGGUAGCUACGGGAGAGGUGAAGCUACAGUCCGGUAUCAAUCUUGAGCGCGACCGUGACGCACCGUCCAAGCAUCAUCUAGUCAAUGACGAGGAUUUCAAGAUGUGUAGCACGAAAAACUCGCAGUUUUAUGAGCUGCUGGCCGAGAACGCGCGUUACAAGCUGUCCGAGCUGUUGAAGGAUAAACCGUUCGUAGCGCUCAAUCCGACCACCAAGACGGAAAUUCUCGCCAUGCUCUGUAACGAUCUGCUAAUGAACAAAGCGGUAUGCAAACAGAUCGACAGCAGUCUGGAGUCACAGGCGCAGCUGAAAAAGGAACGGUACCUGUUGGACAACAAAAUCCGAAAGUACAAGAUGUUGGUAGCGCGGAAGCAACGGCUGGAACAAUAUGAAAAGGCUCAACAGGCGGCACUGGAAAAAUCACUCUCAAUGAAAGCGGCUGAAGAGGCAAAGCGGGCGGAAGAGGCAGCUGCAAUGGCAGCGGCAGCAGCAGCAGCUGCAGCUUCGGCUGCAUCGGAAGUGAUCACGAUUCCGGAAGAUGGAGUCGCAGAAACGGAGACUGAAACAAAGCAACCCGGCACCGAUGGAGCAUCAGGGGACGAUGCGUGUGAAGUGGUUGAGAAUGGUACGAAGGAAACAGUCCCAUGUUCCGAUGGGGAAGAAUUAAAUUCCGUUCCACCAUCGGAAGGUGGAUGUCAGCCGGGAGAGUUGGAGGAAGGUGAAAUUGUGAACAAGAAAGAUUUCGGUGCGGAAGCACAUAAGACUGACGACGAGGAUGACGAUGAUGACAAUGAUGUUGUGGAAAUCGUACCAAUGCCCGUGACGUGUACAGUUACAGAGGAUUCCUGUCCAAACACAGUUCCGCCGUCGUCGGAAGGGAAUGGAGAUGGAACUGAACAGGGUAUGGUGGACACUGCAGCGCUGUCAGAAUCGGGUGAACAAAUGGAUACAUCAUCGGCGGAACCGACUCAAGUGCAAAGUUCACACGAUCAAAAUCACACGGAAGCGAUGAAUGGUAUUGAAACUCCUACGCCCGUUGGUGACGGUUGUGCUAACCGUAUCGAGGGGAACGGUCCUACUGUUCGUAUACCGGAGAAUAAUAACACACAUAAUGCAUUGCCGAUGACGGAGGAACAUCACGCACCGCCCGUCACUCCUCCACCUCAACCACCUCAACCACCGCCAGCACCAUCACAUCCGGUUGUGCAUCCUGCUAUGCAGCAUAACAAAGCGAUGAUGCAGCUCGAGCCAGGAGAAAUACCUCCACCCGGUAUGGAUAUAUCGGCACUAGGAACAUGUCACGCCGCUGGCAACGAAAUACCGACGAUAUCUGUUUCUUCAACACCGGAAGAAAGUCCAGUUAAAGCAGGAGAUGUUAGCGCUGAAACUCCCAACGGUGGUGUAUUUAACAUGCCGGGAAAACCAGUAGGUGUCGGUACUGAAAUGACGAACGGUGAGCAGCAACAGCUGCAACCCCCGCAAGUGCAUCACAAUCAAACGAAUAAUUCAUCAGCAGAGUUAGAUUUGUUAUCUAAAUCGAUGAUUAACGAUCAUGCUACUUGCGGCACGGACGAGGACAACAGUGAUCUGGAGAGCGAAGGGACGCAGCUAGAAGAAGACGAAGAUGCACAUCUGACGGCCGAAGAGGCGCAGCGGAAAUAUGACAAAAUCUUGGAAACGUCCUUCCAAAACAAGCAACAGCUAGAGAACGCCCUGAACCAGCUGAGGGUGAAAUGUUUCGGACAGGACCGGUACUGGCGUCGCUACUGGAAUCUGGGUAAAUGUGGUGGCAUUUACGUGGAAGCAAUGGAAUCUACCCAACCCGAGAUGUACCGGUAUGAAAAUGCACUCGAGGAGGUACAGAGCCGACCGGACUAUGUGCCGAAGUACGCACCAGCAAUUAAACCCGAGAGUGUUGUGAAACCCGAUCCAGCAAUGGAUGUAAACUGCAAGGAAGAGGAAGGAGAGGUUGAUGCGAUUAAAGCGGAGUGUGUUUCGCAGGACGUGAAAGAAGAACAACAGGAACCCGCGACGAUGGACCGAAAGCGUAAGCGAUGUUCCUCGGUAUCUCUGAAAAAGAUGAAGAAAAAGAAAAAGAAACAGCGAACAACUUCCGAAGGAGGUGGAUCGUUUGGUCAAGGUGGUGCUGCGAGUGGUUUUACCGAUGGUAACGACGAAGACGAUGACGGAGACGAUGAGGAUGACGGUGGAGCAGAAGACGAGGACGAUUGCUCACGGACAAGCUUUGGCAAUGGGCCAGCGUUGGAAGAUGGACGCACCGCAGAUUCGCAGUCGGAUGAUUGCAAAAUUAUCGAUGAACCGGAGGUGCUGUUGAAGGAGAGCACCACCGGUGGUAAUAUGCCGUCCGCUAUCCGGGAAGAUGCUGGAGAUGAUCAUAUCAGAGCAGCAAGCGAGAGAACUAAUGCUACAAAUGGUACUGCAGAGUCUAUGCACGAAGAAGGCGUCGAUCAGCAUUCGAGAGAGAAUGAGCAGACCGACCGUGAGGCGCAUCAGGAGAACCACAAACCGAUGGAGGAGAGUCCUUCGCUAGAAGCUUCGAGCCAUGUCGCGGAUGCUGCACCACCGAAGAAAUCCGACGAUCAGCUGAUGGACAUUGAAGAUUCCAUUCCAACGGCGAUCCUUGUACAGAAGGGCAAUGAUCAUGAUGAGACGAAAACGGUCGAAGUGAAUAAUCAGAUUGGUGGGGUGAAUGUGUCUCCGCACCAACCUUCCUCGGCCGCAGCUGCACCAACGGCCAGUCACGAAGAUGACGAUGAUUUGACUGUGGUGCAGGACGAAACGCCCACGAUCACUAUCCCCGAUGAUGACACGGAGAGUGGCGAUCGAAUGACAGCGGCACACGAAGGCGUUGAACAUGGUGGCCGGACAGAGAACGAAAAAGGAUCGACAAUGAUCGAAAGCAUGAACUGUGAUAUGAAGCCAAAAUUGAUGGAAAAUGGAAUGGAGCUGCGAGAUCCGGGCGAGCUUGUCGAGUGUCAGCUGCAGGAGGUGGACGACGAUGAGGAGAUAAUUACCGCAGGUCGUGGAAAUAGCGCCAGACCUGGUGACAGUGCGGGCGACUGCAAACCAACGAUCACAGUGGGCGAUAAUGGUGGGGUAGAUCGUAAGCCGAGGACAACGACGACCACCUCCGUUAUUUCGUACGGUAGCGACGUUGAGAUGAUCGAAAUAAAGGAGGAGGAAAGUAGUUGUGUUCCGCGUGCUCAGAUCACACCUGGCAGCUACCUGUAUCUGCGCAAUACGGACACCAAGCAGGAGAAGGAGUUCAGCGAUCAGCUGCUGAAUCGCUGGUUCUCGAUCGUCGACAAGGAACUGCCACUGUCCAGUACGGAGUGUUCGCUGCCGACAAUCAACGGUAAUACACCCGCAUCUCUGGCACGGCAAAUUUUCACCAACAUCACCUGCCGAGAGAUCUGCCAAAUUCAGGGCAAUCGAUGGGACAUCGGUAACAACAUCCAGUUUUUCAGUGUGCCACUGGAGAAGGGUGUGGAGAUUCACUUCCCUAACGAGUCAAUUCUGUCGAUGUCCGGGCUGGACGAUGAUGAGAUCAAUGAGGUGAUCGCAAAGAAAAGUCGACCGGAACCGCUGCAGCUGUCCGACAUGAAGCCGGCGUUCAAGCGCGAAACCAUCGAGUACUCGUACAGCCACCACCAUCCGAACCAGAUCCGGCUGCGGGCGGAAAUGCUUGCCGAGGAGACGGCAGACCCGGAAGAGUACGGUAACUUUUCCCUGCCGGCGUACAUGACGCUAACGCUAUCGAACCUGACCGCGUACGUGCAGUGUGAUCAGUUUCAGCCUCUGCAGAUGACGCCGGAAGAGGAGAAGCAGCUGGAGGAUGUGAAGUUGCACGGUGCACCUCAGAAAACCGAACCGCAGGUUGUGCCACGCGAGUUCCGCUACGGUUGGUGGAAGAUCAAUGACAUCGAGGAGCUAAACGAGCUGAUCAAGUCACUGAACCCGCGCGGCGUUCGGGAGCGCUUGUUGCGGCAGAGUCUGCUGGAAUCGUUGGCGGAAAGUGUGAAUCUCACGACGCCCCAUCAUGUGUCGCAUCCGAGAGCGGCACCACCACCGAACGGUUACAUCGAACCGGAAGCGUGGAACGCUUGGAAUCCGUCCAUCGCGCGGCGUGUGGAAGUGGCGCUGCUUGACCAGAUCGAAGCGAUGGAGGACAAGGUGGCGAGCGCAUCGAUGCAGGUGAAGGGUUGGCAGAUGCCGCAACGCGAAGGUGACAGCGAGAAUGGCGUGGUGGAGGAUGUAACGAUCGAGAUGCUGCGCGAACGUAUCCUCGGUCUCGAAGCGGCCAUUGAACGACGCUACCUCAAACCACCGCUGGGAAUCAACACCACCGAGGCGCAAAUGGCGGUCAUUGCGCAACAGGAGGCGCACCACAAUCAGAACAACUCGAAUGUAUCGAAUCUGUCCAACUGCUCCAACAGUUCCGCCGAGGAUGAGAAUCUCCCGAAAGGUCUGCUAUCAUGGCGCGACGCAGUAGAACGUUCCGUCACUACCGCACAACUAUCGAUGGCACUGUACGUGUUGGAAUCGUGCGUCGCCUGGGACAAGAGCAUCAUGAAAGCGCAAUGCACGAAGGGAGGAAAGAAUGGAAGCAAGAAAACGGCGGGCAACAAGUCAAGUAGAAAGAAGAACGGUGCAGUCGCGAACGCAAACCCGCACGAUUCACCGGCCAGUAGGAAGGGCACUGCUUCUAAUAACAAUACUACCCCUACUAACAUCUCGGGAUCCACCUGGGAAUCCUCAACGAUACCGGCAACGGCGGCGGUGACGGCGGCGUCGGCAACUGGGACAGCGACGAUGAACAGCGGCAACAACACCACGGCCAAUGGCAAAUCCAAGAAGAAAGCUCUCUCGAAAUCCAAAUUGUCUUCCCUUCUAUUGCAGAAUUGUCAGUUCUGUCAAUCGGGAGAAUCCGAGGAUAAGCUGCUACUGUGCGAUGGUUGCGAUCGUGGCUAUCACACCUACUGCUUCAAGCCACGCAUGGACAAAAUUCCGGACGGUGACUGGUAUUGUUUUGAAUGUAAAAACAAAGCUACUGGUGAUAGGAAGUGUAUUGUUUGUGGAGGGCUACGGCCACCCCCACUAGGCAAAAUGGUUUACUGUGAGUUAUGCCCACGGGCUUAUCAUCAGGACUGUUACAUACCGCCAAUGCUGAAGUAUCCGCGAGGAAAAUGGUAUUGCCAGAACUGUGUUGCUAAGGCACCGCCAAAGAAGAAACCGCAGCGUAAACCGAAGGAACGCACCACCAACAACAGCUCCCAGUCGCUGCUAAACAGCUCGCUGAACAGCUCACAGAACCAGUCGUUGAACUCGUCCCACGAGGAUAUCGCAACGACCCCGUUAAGUCCAGCACAUUCAAUAGCGUCCACGAGUCAUGAAGAAUCGUCGGCGCCACAACAUCUACAGCCACCGCAUAACAGUGCCGUUGUCGGUCAGAUGCCGGGCGUGGUACCGGCCACGGCAACAGCUACCGCAUCAACAUCGGCUUACCAUCAUCAACAGCAGCAGCAAAUGCAACAACCGCAACCACCACAGCCACAGCAGUACGGCGCACAAAGUGGUAUGGAUGAGAAUAACUAUGCCAUGUGUCAUCCUCCCGUACCGAUUGACACCAUGACGGCGGUGUAUGACCAGCAGCAGCAGCAACAGCAGCAACAGCAGCAACAGCAAUACUAUCAGCAAUAUUAUCAACAGCAGCCUUCAUCUUCGGUUACGUCGUCAUCAGUUCCGCCGCCACAACAGCCAUACUAUCCAACGCCGACCGAAAGUAAUACACCGAACACUAGUAGUGCCCUGGAAGAGGAAGAAACGAGUUAUGCUGCCGCGGGUGAAUCGACCCCUAGUGAAAGCUAUUCCAAUGCGCAAGAAGACUCACAUGAGCAGAACGAACUACCCGCCGAAUCGAUCGAACCUUCACCCCCGAAACAGAUUGAGGCUACGGGAUCACCUUCGGCCGCCUGUAGCAACAGUGGUGAAUUUUAUUCACCCUCAAGCAACGCGAUGAAUGCGUGCUCCUCGGCCAGCUACCUUGAUAACGAACGUUCCCUACCAGUGGGAAACGAUGGUGAUGGUAGCUGUGGUGGUGACUCAUCCGAGGAGUAUCAACCGCGACCGGUGAAGGAAUCAUUGAGUAUGGCCAGCUGUAGCAGCAGCAACAGCAGUACUAGCGAUCACCAGCGAAAGGAACGCUCGAAGGAACGUGACGAAGCGAAGGAGCGCGCCAAACAGGAGAAGAAAGCGACGAAACGACUGCUGAAGGAGUUAGCCGUUUGCAAAACCAUCCUGGAGGAAAUGGAGCUUCACGAAGAUUCGUGGCCAUUUUUGUUGCCGGUAAACACGAAACAGUUUCCGACGUAUCGUAAGGUCAUCAAGAGUCCGAUGGAUCUUUCGACGAUUAAGAAACGCCUCCAGGAUUUAGUGUAUAAGUCACGCGAAGACUUUAUUGCGGACGUGCGUCAAAUAUUCGACAACUGUGAAGUUUUCAAUGAAGAUGACUCACCUGUCGGCAUUGCUGGGCACGGUAUGCGCAAGUUCUUCGAGCAACGAUGGGCUGAUUUGACGGACAAACACUCCUGAUACCAUCAGCUUCAUCAAUCGCAUCCUCCUCCUCCUAGCCGUGGUGUUCCUGAGAAGGAGAUCGACAUUGAAGCAAAACCUUUGGAAGAUUCGGGAACGUUUCUAACGCCUCCACUACCACCGCCAUCUUCACCACCACCAUCACCGCAAUCGCUAACCACCACUUCGCCGUCAUCAAUGUCGCAUUCUUCAACAUCAUCGCUACUGCCAACGCAACAGUAUUGGAUAGAACAUGGUGAUAGUAGCAGUGAGGAGCGAUCUUCAGCAAAGAGUCUGAACAAUUUGGAACCCCUCUCCAGCGCAGACUGUGAGGAACCUAACACUACCGGAUAGGUGUAGCUCGCAGAACGCGUGCAAAACACUACACGAUAGGAGAUACGAAAGUAUCGCAACAAGUAUCACACGCGUUAUUUACAUACUCCAGAGGAACCAGAGAAAAAAGACUGUGUCCGCCGCAGCGUUCUUGGCAUGCGAUGCUCCGUAAACCUCUUGCAUUGCCGGGGUGGAGAGAACAGCGGCAGUAAACACUCACUGUGUGAACAUAUUAGCGUGAUUUUGGAACACAUCGAACAACUGAUCCCCAUGCACACAUACAGAGGGACAGACACACGGAGUUGCGUGGAAGGAUGUUUCUAUCGCACACCUCCUACUGUCUUCUUCAACAUCACAAAACAUCGAUAAGGCCAUCGUAUUAGAUUGAUAGUUUUCGUUUCGUUUUUUUGUGGAAUCAGUAAGAUAUUAGUAUCAUCGGACUCAGUCGAUUGGUUUUGAAACGAACCAGUUUUAAUUUGCGUUCAAAUGCCGCCCAACUACCCAAUUGUACAUAGUAGGACAUUACCGUUAGAUCGUUAGAUUUUCGAACCCUUCUCGGUUGGUUUUAUGUAACGACGUGACACAAAGUGGACGAAAGGCAAUGGAAUGAGGUAGAGGCGGGAGUAUGUUAAGGGAAAAGAAGAUUUCUUUUAUACGUGUUUUAAGCAGCAGCUGGUUUUAUUGUUUCUCCUCUUAUUGCUCCGAUAGGAAAGGUAGAAGAGUUGAGAAACAUGAAACAAUUGACAGAGCUCUGUGUGCCACAUGUGUAAUAAGGGCGCGCGAGCUGAAGGAUGUAUUUAAAUGGAAAGUGAAACAAUAGGCAUUAGAACAAGAAGAAGAAGAAAACAAUCGUAUUAUUAUUACUCUUAAAUCAUUACAAGACGCCAUCGUUAUAGAGCGAGCGAAUGUUGGUUCACAGCCAACAUUGUGUGUGUGUAGAUCGUGGGGCUAUUUGAAACGUGUGGGGCCCGGUCGAGCUCAUUAAAUUAAUUUCCCACUUUUUUUCCUCUUUGCAGGAGAAUAUGAUGAGGGUUAGAAGUAUUAAUUUUUUUAUUUAAGUUUUACCGUCGAGCAAACUGAUAGACAUAGCGAUGCGAUAUAUAGAGAUCGGGGGUUCUGUAAGAUGUGAUGGGAGCUAGACGGUCUUAUUGUGUCGUUCCUACCGUAAUGUAUGGCGACGAUACCUAAUGAUUGCGUGUUCGCACGUUACGAAACGAAUUGGAACAUUGCUUGGACUAUUCCACCAUGAUUGGAUGGCAAGAGGAUAAUGUAUUUAUUGAACCCACUGUCGCAUGAGACAAACAAUUGUAUCCAUGAGGGGGUGUAUGAUUAAGGCGUUAGAUUGUGUAUUUGCGUGUGUUGGAACUGACUGACGAAAGGAUACGAGGCGACCUUAUCUCCUCGACAGACAAACGAACAAGCGAAUGUGAGCAUACCUUUAAACUAUUGUGCCCCUGGCUAGAACACAGAAAAUAAGUAUUUUUUACACAUAUACACACCAGCACACCAGCUCCGGGCAGUAACAGAAAACAGACAGAUGAUCGUAUAAUUUCAACCAGCAGAAGGUUCAACAGAGACUGGUCAAAAUGCACAGCAGCGUGGAUUUUUAUUCUGUCUUACACGAAUAAAUAAGUAUAUAUAUAUUUUUAUGUUCAACACAGUUCCUCAGGAAAUGGUAGUAAUGGCAGGAUAGAGUAAUGAACGUGUGCUUAUGAAACCGCGGAGACAGCGAGGAACACCAGUAUUUCUUUGAGCGUAUUAUUUGCGUUUGGCUCACACAACACACCAACCAGAAGAAGGAUGAUGUAUGGUAAUAGGAAAAGAAAUUAAUAAAAUCGAUUUAUAAGACAAAAAAUCACUAUCAAUCACAAGCAGUCAACAGCCAGCAAUUGGUCGGUGUUUGGUCACGCUAUGGUGACGAUGUGAAUAAAUAAUCGGUGAAGCAUAAUGGCGAAACAAACCGGAAAAGUGAACCGUAACCGCACACAAAUACUAAAACAAACAACAGAGAAACAAAGCAUUUAGCAAAGCGAUACCGCUGACGGAAUCGAACUCGAAACAAACAUUAUAGAUACAUUAGAAUGCCAUCCUUCCGGUAAGCGGGAACACGGAAACAAAUAAAGAAACGGAUUGCGUUUGUUUGGAAGUGCUUUCGCUGCAAGGAGCACAUCCAUUUUUUGAAGUCAGUCACACAUAUGCGUCCUUACGUAACGCGAAACGAGAAAGAAACGCAACAACAUAAAGAGAAGAUCGAGAAAGAUCAAGAAAGAGAGUGGGCAAACUUCGAACCCGUUUAUGCAAGGAUCUUAUUAAUGCUGGCUGACGUGACGGUUAGCAUUGGCAGCACUAUUCGAUAUAUACGGAAUUUAGUAGCGGUUAGCUGCUGUUGAUACCGAUGAUGAGCAUGAGGAUGAUGAUGAUUAUGUAGAACGUAUUUUUUGUAGAAAGUGUGUGCUGCUUGUAUUGUACUAUAGACGAGGAGGACGAAAUAUGGAUAUAGAAAUGUAUAAAAACACAAAAGAAAUUGCACACCGAGACGAUUCGAGCAUUACUUUUCGUUUGGUAGAAUAUAAAGUACUGUUUGCUUUUAACUUUCAUUACGAUGUCGGCUUUUCUUUUCCACUGUUUUAUUUCUCGUGAUUGGGAAAAUAUUUGGAAAGUUAGCACUGUAGUAGCGCUUGUUGUUCUUGAUACGUUUAUAUUUUACCAUUUACCGGUCACACUAUUGAAGAUGGCACGUACAUUGGUUUUGUUCUUUUCGAUUCUUUCCGUUGUGCGUACUGCGGAGGGAAACCAAAUAUCUGUACUUGUUUAAAUAGAACGUGACCGAUUCGAAAUGCGUGUGUGUAUUCCGUUUAUGUCCCUCCAGAACGGUGUUAUAGUGAUUGUAUAUAGGAAAAAGAGAAGAAAAAAAGUAUUAACCAGGGAGCGCGACAAUGAAGAAGGUACGGUGUGGGAUGAAGAAGCAGAAGAAAAAGCUGAAAGUGGAAAAAUAUUAAGAAAACGUAAAAAAGAAACACAAAUUAAGCAGAACAAAAAACAAACAAACAUACUUUCGACACCGAACGAUAAGCACUACAGUUAAGGUAUAUUGAUAUUGCAGAAUAAAUGAUAAAUUAGCGAAAA